AUGCAGCCUAGCAACCGGCUGCCUAGCAACAAAGCCCUCUCUCUCCCUCUGUCUGUAACUCAGAUCAAACUUUUUAGCUCUCACGCGAACUUUGUUCAUCGUUUUUUCAGCUUAAUUAACUUCGAGGACGUACUGCCACACCCGGGCGACAUCAAGACUACCUGCUGGAAGCAUCCCAAACUUUAUUUCACUAACAAAGAAAACCGACCAAGAUGAUGCACUGCAGGAGGGAUGAAGGGAUGAGAGUCCAGGGAUGAAGUGUAGGUGGAUGCAGGAGCGUCCUGCACAAGGACAACGUCUCAUAGCAGUCGGUGAAAGAAGAGUGACAGGUCAGACGAUGUCCUGUGUAUAAAGUGGUGAAGAUGGUGGCCCCAGGCGAGGAGACGAGAUCAUCAACAGUAGUCCUGCCGAGUCCUGCCCUGAGGCUGCUGUCUGGCGGGAAUGGGACGUCAAACAGGAGUUUAUUCAGGCAGGACGUGAAGCAAGACACAGGAAAGGUAAAAAAAAGGAAGCAGGAUGUGCUCACUCAUGGUCUGCAUCGCAUGCAGAAUUUCUCCUGUGACAGCCCUGUACGUUUCAUGAUGUACUCUGAAGCUGCUGCAGCGUUCAUCAGCCUCCACUCAGACAACACAGUUUCCCUUUACAAAGCUGAUGGCCACAAGCAGACUUCCUCAGCACAACUCACUUUCACGGGCUUAUCCGCCACAAAGAUCCCUGACAGGCUGGUGGGUUGGGGCCCGGGGCCUGUCUUCACACUUCUGGACAGCGAGUUGCGCCCCGUGGAUGUUGCUCUCGACGGCCUGGACAUACGCGCCUGUCAGGCUGCAGAGCACUCCUCAGAGGUGGUGACUGCAGGCGAGGGGAACGUGUGCGUGUGGUCGGUGAUGCUCAUGAGGUGUAAGGUGAAGAUACAGGACGGGCUGCAGCACAGCACGUUCACUCAUAUAGCAUUGGCUCCUCCGCGAUGUGACAGGCCACACAGAGCCUUCGCGGCGUGCGGGUGGGUCCUGACAGUGGUCGACCUCGAUGUCGGGAAGGUUUUGGAGCACAAAGGGGAUCUCUGCUCAGGGGAUAUCACUGCAAUGGUGUACUGCUCUCAACUCGACUGUUUGAUGGUUGCAUCCAGGGAUCUCUUCAUUAAAAUAUGGGGUCCAGACUGGGAACUACGUGCCACUUUUGAAGGACAUAUCGGUAUGGUGACCUCCAUUUUCUACUGCCCUGCAUCAAGCAUGCUCUUAUCAGCCUCUGUGGAUUGGACGAUCCGUUGCUGGAACGUGGAAGAGGGCAACUUGGUCGAGUGUGUUGACACAGAGCGGGAAAACCUGCCGUUGUGCAUAGGAGGCAACAGAAAGGGCGACACUCUCUUCUCCUUCUCUCGCCAGGGCGUCGACUUCUGGGAAAUCAGACACUUGUACACCCUCCACUGUGAACUCAAAGGGGAUGAAAAACCCCCACUGAGACAAAUCCUAGUUUCCCUCUUCCCUGCUCCGUUCCCUACACGAGUCCUCUGCAUCAGCGGGGACAGCAACAUCAUGCUUAUUGCUUCAAAAACAGGAGCAGUGUUGACUUCCUUCAAGGCAAAGCAGAGGAUUUUGUGCGCCGACUACUGCCUGCAAAAAGAGAUCCUGUUGGCUCUGACCGAGACAGGUACGGUGCUCCAAGCCAACACACUCACUAAUCCAAUCACUCCGAUGCAAGAGUGGAAGGCGAGAGGCCAGGGGCCCUGGCAGGAAAAGGACUACGUGAUUGGGUACGACAUCCAGAAUCUGCCAGUCCCUGGCCUGGCUUGCUGGCUGGUACUUUACAAUUAUGUGAUUGACACAGAGGGAGCUUUAGAAGAGUGGAAGAGUUUGCAGGAGGGAAGAGGAUGCAGUCACAGAAACAAGGCGACUUUGACUGAUGGCAAGAAUAAGUUUUUCAUCAUUCUCGGCCAACACGGAGGCUGUGUGAGCGUUCUGAGAUUAAAAGAUGGGAAGGUUUUGUACCGGACGCCGGCUCACGACGGCCAGAAAGUCACCACAAUGAAGGCGUACCCUGAGAACGACUACCUCCUCUCCAUGGGUGAGGACAUGACAGUGGUGGUGUGGAGAGUAAACCCCUACAUCCAUGAGUGUCUGACCCAGCAGAUCAGUGUGCACUGUGGUCAGCCUCUAGUCUAUUUGGCAGCACUGGGGUCGCAGCUGGCCCUGACCUUUCAGGAGCUCAACAGUGGCACCUACAACCUCAUGCACUUUGACCUACUCAACCAGAGCCACCAGACCAAAUAUCCACCCAGGGAGGGACAUUUAGACGACUUCACAGGAUUAUGCGUGUGUCCUGAUUUGGGCGUGUUCGUCUCUAGCAGUCUGGAUGGAACGGUGUGUAUCUGGGAUGAGAAGAAUCAGCUCAUCAGGACGUUACAGCUGAAUGCCGUGCCUGAGUGUCUGUCUUACGGAGGCUUUGGGGGGGAACUGUUUCUUGCCAUCAAAGGGGAUCUGUACAAGAUGAACUGUGGGACUUUCCUGCCACACUUCUAUCAACAAAUGCUCCUUUACACUUAUCGUGCUGAGCCCAUUCCUGACUUGCCUAUAAUCAAGAAUACAGAAACAUGCAGCAAAAGAAAAUAUAUUGGUGCAAACAGGAGUGUAAGUGCCGACAAAGAUGAGGAAGAGGAAUCACCAGCCAAUUUAUUGUUGACUGAAGACGUGCCAGGACAGGAGGACUACGAGAGCUUAGUGACCUCGAACAUGGACCUAGCAAGGCUCCUACAAGGCACAGUAAAAUGCAAAAAAGGGAAACCGCCCAGUACAAAGGAAACCAGGAAAGAGGCGUUUGAUCAAUACAUGAAGAUUUUAUAUGGACUGCCCCGAAAUACUCAGUUUGAAGCUAGCUCCUGUGUGAGUCAGACAUGUCUGGAUAUGCAGAUGGAUUCGGAGGACACCUUUGAUCCACAAACAUUUACAUUUGAUCCUGAACCUUACAAGAAGCCCUGUAAACUUCCUGCCUUAAAAGAGAAUGUCCGACCUAAAUUUAAAUUAAACAGUCCUGAGAAUGUGGAGGAAGAAAAGGCUCCUGCAAUGAAGUCUAAACCAAAGACACUGAUGAAAAUCAAGCCAUGGCCUGCUCCUAAACCCAAGAAACCUGUCAUAGUGAAGAGGAAAGAAGAGCCUCCAGAGAUCAUUCCUCCAGUAGAGUCACCCAAAACUCCCACACCUCCUCCAACUCCUCCAACUCCUCGUCGUUGGCAAAGGACCCCAAUGCCGCCUCCACCGCGAGAACCCAGCCCUGAGGUGCCGACGUUCCUCAAACAGUUUGAAGAAGCGGACUGGUUUAAAGACUUGUAUCCUGAUAAAAAGUGUAUCCCGAGCACCCUGUCUCCAGAGGACUUCUCCAUGCAGCUGCUGGCCUGUCUAAACACCUCAUUGUCUAAGAUGCAGAUCGUGGCUGCACUGCAGGCGCUGCACAGCCAGGGACUCUUAGAGAAAACAGACCAGCUUUACCAAGGCCUCAUCAAUUUGGUGCCUAAAUUUGUGAGACCUUACAUGUCACCUGUGGAGCGAGCUACGCUUGUUGAAAUGUUGAAUCUGUUGAUGAGUCUUAAAUCUGUCGGUUAUGACCUCGUGAAAAAGCUUCUCACUCUUCUGGCUUUUAAAAAACUGGGUCUGCGAGAAACAGUGCUGCGCAUGCUGGCUGCAUUAGGGGUCAAUGAGGCUGAGCAGUGGUUGUGGCCAGAGCUCGAGAGCUGGGACUCGGAGCUGCAGGACCCGUCUGACAUCUGGAAGAGCCUCCAUGACAGAGCAGACUGCUGGCUGGAGUUAUGGAUCUCCAAAUACAAAGAACACGAGAGGUAUCUGUACUUCAGGAGCAGAGCAAAGGGGCAAGCACCAACCUUCAGCAUGGUGGACGUGCUAAAUUAUUUCUGCGCCGAACGAAAGGAGGACUACAGAAAGGCCCAAUGUGCUGUACCUGCUGGCGGCAAAGACACAGUGCUUUUGCCUCUGUAUGACUGCAGUUCUCAACCAAUAAUUCGUCUAGGAGAGACUUACAGCAUGGCCAGGAUACCCCGGCCAACAGGUUUAGUCCUGCCUCCCCUGAGAAACCGUCCCUUCCUCACAAACUUCCCCAGUUUCAUCUCUUUGCCGUUACCUCGCAUCACCCUUUACCCCUUCCACGUCUACACAGACGAGGACUGGGUGAAGGCCCCGCCUCGCCGUUACUUCAUCCCGCAGCAGUCAUACGUGGACUACUACAGAUCUUCGUCUGUAGCAUUCAAGUAACAAAAAAAAAAUCUUACAGGUUUGCUUUGCGACUGAUUUAUUCUGUAUGUAAAUGCGUUCAUGUGGUACAAGGCUGAUUUGGUACACCCGUUUGCUGAUAACAGCGAUUGUUUCCGACUCCUGAACAUUUUAAAACAGAUAUUCAAGAAAAA